AUGUAUCGACCAUAUAAUUCUCGUUGGAGUUAUGGUAGAUGUGCCAGUGAUUUUACACGCCGUAGUUAUUCUAAUAGCUUUUGUCCAGUCCAUGCUUCCGAACAUCGACAGAUGCUUGAAAAAGAACUCUAUGAAAUAAUUCAGGAUCGUGAUAAUUUUGAACGACAUAUAACUCGUCAAAAUGUAGAGCAAUAUCAUCAAGAAUUAUCGAACACAGUUGACAAAUGGGAAAGGCAAUCUAUUGAUAAAAUUGGUCAAACAGCUGAUGAUAUUCGCUGGCAAUUAACAACUAUUACUCAAAAAUAUCAUCAUAAUAUAAAAGAAAACUUAACACAACUUACACAACAACUAAAUCAAGCUCGAUGUGAUGGGAAUUUUUUUGAAUAUCAGUUAAAACAAUGGAGAGCUAGAAUUCAAGAAUUGCGACGUAUGUCAGAGGAACAAGAUAAUAUUCAACUUUUUCAAAUUGAUGUUGGAUGUCCAUUUAUUCCGAAACUUUCACUUGUUGGUAAAACAACUGAUAGAAUAACACCGUUUAUUCCGAAUUACAAAUACAAAUAUGAAAAAAAUGAGAGUCAAUCUGAUAUUGGUCUAAUAUUCCGUUGGCCAAGUAGAUAUUCAUCAGGAUAUCACACACUUUGUUUUAAAAUUGAAUGUGAUACAUCAAAUAGUACAGUCUUAAUGGGAAUUAUCUCUCAAAGAACAUCUGCAUCUACUGAUCCAUAUAAGAAUCCUACUUUUUGUGGCUGGUCAACUAAUAAUCUUGUUUAUUUACAUGGUGUUCCUUAUUCUAAUUUUAAUAAUUAUCGAACAAACAUUAGGGAUGGUGAUAUAUUUCAAUUAACUAUCGAUUGUGAUCAAACAUUUAUUUGUUUAACAAAUGAACGAACAUGUCAAACAUAUGAACUAACUGUCAAUACUGCUAGAUGCCCUUUACCAUGGCAACCACAUGUUAGAAUUUUAACUGAUUCUUAUUAA